AUGCCCCCCAAGAAGGUCACCCGCGCUCCCCAGGAGAACAUCUCCCUCGGUCCCUCCGUCCGCGAUGGCGAGCUCGUCUUUGGCGUUGCCCGUAUCUUCGCUUCCUUCAACGACACCUUCGUCCACAUCACUGAUCUCAGUGGUCGCGAAACCAUCACCCGUGUCACCGGUGGCAUGAAGGUCAAGGCCGACCGUGACGAGUCCUCCCCCUACGCCGCCAUGUUGGCCGCCCAGGACGUCGCCACUCGCUGCAAGGAGCUCGGCAUCAACGCCCUGCACAUUAAGAUCCGCGCCACCGGCGGCAACGCGACCAAGACCCCCGGCCCCGGUGCCCAGUCCGCCCUCCGCGCCCUCGCCCGUGCCGGCAUGAAGAUUGGCCGUAUCGAGGACGUCACCCCUACCCCCUCCGACUCUACCCGCAGAAAGGGUGGUCGCCGUGGUCGUCGUCUCUAG